GUCCAGAUUAAGUCAUAGCGCUUGGUAGGCGUCCAAUCCUGAAUGCCAGUGAUAUAAAUGUCGCCAAUUUUCCCUUCCUGGUAAAGCUUCCCGCGUUUAAUGACGUCAACGAACUUCUCAACCGGCUCCACGAUGUCCACGGUUCCGCACACUCUGCUUAGGAAGCCCUCAGUGACCCUACCGAUGCCAGCCCCGCAAUCGACGCCCAGCGCAAGCUCCCCCGAGCCGCUGGAUGGAAUUAAUCGACGAACUUUUGCUAGAAAGGUAGAUGACCCGCGAAGGUCAAUGGAGGAGAUUUGCGGGUAGCCGCCAAGCAUUCCAUUGGCGGUGGCUGGAACUGAAUUCCAGUAAUCGAUGGAGACGGCCUGAUCGAUAUGGGAGUCAGGUUGGACAUCCAGGUCGGGAUCUGUUUCCAUUUCCACCAUGGCUAAACAGGUAAGAGAGAAAGGGUUAGGAGGAAUUGGAGCGGCAGUAGCCGGGGUGAGGGACGGCGAAAGAUAGACGAGCCCAAGUGCAAGCUUGAUACGGUCGUAGGAUAUAAGGAAAUAUGUCGAGAAAAAGGUGUUGAGCGAGAUGCGAAAUUUCGGCUGGAUUUUUUUCUUGUUCUGGAUCAAGCUACCAACGCGCGUGCCGAGAUCUCCAAACGGUGCAAACAUCGAGGACUCAAUUACAAAUCGGCCCGGGAAUGAAGCUAGUUCGACGGCACUGGGCGAGGUUUUUGCCGUAUUUUGUCGGGGCGAAAUAUGGGAUUUUGACCCCUCAGUGUAGUAGUAUACCGCAGACGACAUCAACCCCCUCUUCUUUCUACACGGUAUAUUUAAGCCCAUGUUUUUCCGCACCCGGCAAUUCCGAAGUCUUCCUCUGCGAAAGCUACGCUACCCGUGGUCAAAUACAGCUUUUAUUGCCCGAUAUUUCUCCAGCACUCCUUUCACAAUGUCCGGUCUCUCUAUAGAGCUCACUGCGCCAAACGGCCGUAAAUACACACAGCCGCUAGGAUUGUUUAUUAACAAUGAAUUCGUGGCCGCCAAGACCGGACAGAAAAUCACGUCAAUCAAUCCAACUGAUGAGUCUGAGAUUGCUUCCGUACAGGCUGCAGGCGCGGAAGAUGUGGAUAUUGCUGUAAAGGCUGCACGCAAAGCACUCAAAGAUCCCUCGUGGAAAGGCCUUUCGGCAACAGACAGAGGAAAGUUAAUGGUCAAGCUUUCCGAACUUGUUGACCAGCACAAGGAAACCUUGGCUACAAUUGAGGCUUGGGACAAUGGCAAGCCAUAUACCGUUGCUCGUGAUGAAGACUGUGCGGAGGUUUCGGAGACCCUGAGAUACUAUGGUGGAUUCGCCGACAAAAUACAUGGCAGCACCAUCAGCACCACGCCCGCCAAAUUCGCCUACACUUUACGACAGCCAAUAGGCGUAGUUGGACAGAUCAUUCCUUGGAACUAUCCUCUUGCAAUGGCAGCAUGGAAACUAGGUCCUGCCUUGGCCUGCGGAAAUACUAUCGUCCUAAAGGCAGCAGAGCAGACGCCCCUUAGCAUUCUCUAUUUCGCGACCCUUAUUAAAGACGCUGGCUUCCCUCCUGGCGUGGUGAACAUUCUCAAUGGUUUUGGCAAAGAUGCUGGAGCGGCAAUCGCAACUCAUCCCGACAUUGAUAAAAUCGCCUUCACUGGAUCCACUGCCACUGGCCGACAAAUCAUGAAAAUGGCUGCCGCAAAUCUCAAGAACAUCACCCUUGAAACCGGUGGGAAAUCGCCCCUCCUCGUGUUCGAGGAUGCUGAUCUGGAACAAGCUGCUAAGUGGGCACAUAUCGGGAUUAUGUCCAACAUGGGCCAGAUAUGCACGGCUACCUCACGAAUCCUGGUCCAAGACUCCAUCUAUGACAAGUUCGUUGCGUUGUUCAAGGACGUCGUCGCGUCCACAAGCAAAGUCGGCAAUCCGUUUUCCGAUGACACUUUCCAAGGCCCCCAGGUCACGAAGGCUCAAUACGACCGCGUGCUUUCGUAUAUCGAGACUGGUAAAGCCGAAGGUGCUACGCUAGCUGCUGGCGGUGCACCCCAUAAGAAUGUCGGGGAUGGCAAGGGCUUCUUCAUCGAGCCCACUAUUUUCACAAACGUCACGGACAACAUGACCAUCUACCGCGAAGAGGUCUUCGGCCCAUUUGUUGCUAUCGCGAGUUUCAAGACUCAAGAAGAGGCUAUCGCCAAAGCAAACGAUACAACGUAUGGUCUUGGCGCAGCAGUGUUUACUCGAGACAUUCAGCGUGCCCAUUAUGUUGCGAGUGAGAUUGAAGCUGGCAUGGUUUGGAUUAAUAGCAGCAACGAUAGCGAUUUCCGUGUUGCAUUUGGUGGAGUGAAGCAGAGUGGGAUUGGUCGCGAGUUGGGUGAGGCUGGUUUGGAGGCAUAUUCGCAGACCAAAGCUGUUCACGUGAAUAUGGGCACGAUACUCUGAGCAGAGAGUGGUCUGAUAAAAUGUAGUUAGAGGGAACCCAGGAUCUCUAUAUUAGGGGCGGGAUGUGGUUUGCUGAGGGGAAAAGGGGGUGCAGGUGGAUGACAUUUUCUGGACUGAGAUGAUAUAAUACAGAUGGAGGAUUAUGAAUGACCUGGCAAAUUGAUGUAAUCCUUGAUUUAUGCUUCGACAUAAAUAGCAGGAAAUAUUACUAUAUAUUCGACCUUUGACACCAGACCCUUACCCUUCACUGCUUCGCCCUCUUCAUACUCCAGGUGCUAUUGGUAUAUCAAUCCGGCCUUGGGGGGAUUAUGUGUCUGUUUCUCAUGGUACACAAUCCACCGGGGCGCUCCUGCUGGAUUGUCCUAGACUGGUCUCAGCUAUGUAGGAGUUAGAUGUGGCUGUUCGGUGAGACCCCAGGCGAGGCUGAUACAGCGUAACAGAGUGUGUUAUCUGAUGUUCUUUCCGAAAUUCUCCUUUUCUCCUUCGGAUUUAAUUCGAUUGGUAGAAUGGGAACCUGGAAUGAGGAGUUUUGUCGUGUUGUUCGUUUUUAUUCCUGUCGAAGACUCGUUCUAGCACCAUGCUCUGCCAUCGUGCAGGUGUUCUUUGCCCACGAAGUGUCACCACCUUCUUUUCGAUAUUAGUGGGUAGUCGCCUAGUACUACCUCCAAUAAGCACAUACUAGCUAAACCAUUAAUCUGUAUGUCGUCGGGUUUUACGGACCGUGGUUAUCAUGCUUGAAGAAUGGCACAAAGCAAACUCCAUAGUGUGUCACGCCGGUGUUGGUAGCAUUUGGGAUAGUGGGUGCUGGCACCGCUGUGAUCAACAUUUCAAACGCCAUUCAUAAAUAUUCUUCGUGCGUCAUAUAAACCCUU